CCACACUGUACCAAAAUGGCGGGACAGUUCAAGACACCGUCUUCAACCUUCAAUAUGUUCAGUUCAUGCCAUCCGCUCUCUUAGGCAUCAAUUGAUUCCCACCUUUACGGAUCCAUUGAGAGUGCAGCCUGAAUGUGGGAUCCUACAGCAAUUUUUGCCUUCAAACACACUUAUCCACCAUGAGUUCAACUUCCAUGCAGCAACCGGGCUGUUCCGUUGAUACUCGACACGUGGAGCCAGUCCCUUACAAUCUUCCGGAUCGAGCCUCGCAGUCUCCUCUAAGAAAAGACGAGUGGAAGAAGACCUUCUCCUUUACCACAGCGAAGUCAAUUGGCCGCGGCGCGUCUGGCACGGUUUUUGCCAUCAAUGAUGCAUGGGUAAUCAAAGUCUUUGGAAGAGACGCCGAAGCACAAUCGUAUCUCGUGCGAGAGAAAGAAAUCUUCGACAAGCUACAAAUUUCAGCUCUUUCUGAUUAUAUCAUAUUUUGCAAGGAACAAUGGGCUUCUGGCCUAGUUUUGGAAAGAUUCGAGUGUACGCUACGCGAGCGCUUGAAAACCUUCGUUGCGGGCGACUCCAAAAGCCCACACCCGUCGGCUCUGAUGUGGUCUCUGGAGUGCUGUCGAGGCCUUGCUUUUCUCCAUGACAACGAUGUUAUCCAUGGAGAUAUUGGAUGCCAGAAUGUUAUGGUCAGUGCCAGCGGACAUGCCAAACUUUGCGAUUUUGCCGGGUCCAAGAUUGGACAGAAGGAUGCCCUGGUGGCGUAUGAAAUCCGAAGUCAGCAUGUGCGCUAUUCUGGUCAACAGCCCACAAUCACCACUGAGAUUUUUGCGAUCGGAUCCCUCCUCUUUGAAAUCUGGGCCUUAAAACCUCCUUACGCUGCUGAACUGAAUUCGGUAGUCAAAGAAAGGUUCCGCGUGGGAGAAUUUCCCAUUGGCAGUAUCAGUAAUUUGAGCAUGAAAGGAGUCAUUCAUAGAUGCUGGCUCGGGGUUUACCACACUGUUUCAGGAGUCUGCGAAGAUCUAGAGGCAGUGAAACCAAUUCUUGAAUUUAGUACUCUACCAGAUUAGCAGCAUUUCCGCGGUUUGAAAUGUCAACAAGAACUCGACGUAGUUUUCCU